GGACCUGGCCAUCUUUUGCCUUGUGCCAUUGCGCACUUCCGCCUUAUCCCAUCUUUGCCGCGUGGAACUGAGGCAUAAAGUCGCCACCCACGCGCCACGCGCCUCCCACUCAUAUACCCCCUCACCCCUCUCACCUAAGCCCGCUCCGGACCCGUCGAUUCCACCUCGCAUCACCUCGCCGCAGACACCGGCAGCCAUGACUACGACUGCCGCGCCUGCCGCACAGGUGGCGAGCCCAGCUCCCACUUCGGAAUCUGACGCAUCAAGCGGCGGGUUUAAAAGCUUCUUCAAGCGCUCCUCCCGCCCUGGCUCAUCGGCGGCCUCCUCCAACCUCAAGUUUGUCCACCAGGACCCGGGUGUCACGAAGAGUACGCGCAAUGCUUCCCCCCCUAUCUGUUACCCCCACUCAUGUGACCGGCGCCUUACUCAUCCUGUUCAUGAACAGAGCGCAGUCGCAUUAGCCGAAUGCUUAAACCGGACGGCGAAGAGUCGGGCCAGGAUGGGAAGGAGGAGCCUCUGACGCCCACGCAGCGGCGGAGACAGCAGGUCUAUCAAGCGCAGAAGCGACAUCGAAACCGACAUGCAGAGUACGUCCGCAGCCUGGAAGCCGAGGUGGCGCGCCUGCAGCAUCUCGACGCCAUGGUCAACAGCGAGAAGAACGCGCUGGCCCACCAGAAUGCCGCGAUCAAGGAGUACCUGGCCAAGCAGUCGAUCGACACGCGAAUGGAUGCCCUGGGCCUCGAAUCCACUCCUGCGCCAGACAGCUUAAGUCAACUGGGCGGCGCCGCCAUCGACCUGCGCAUGGAUCCCGACAUUGGCAAAGAGCGCUGGUUCCUUGACGUGCCCGAGCUCACCUGGAGCUCUUCCGAGGUCUCCUCCGUUGACUCUCCCCCGAAACCCCUGCCUCGUACGCCGGUGGCAGGGGACAGCUGGGCCGCACUCGACUUCAUCAUGGCUUUGGAAUGGCCGUGUCGGCUGCACGUGCACCAUCCCGGCAUCAGCCCAAACGUUACGGUCCCAGAGAUUGAUCCGGUGAUCAAGAACCACGGCCACGCCCUCACCGCUACGCAAGCCGUGUUCCAGAGCGCGCAGGCGCCGCCGGGGAAACGGGCGCAGCCCAAUGCAUUCCUUGACUACAACAUGGCCGGAAGCCUUCAGCAGGAUGAGUCUGACAAGUGGAUCCUUCCGCAUUCGGAAAUCGACAAAUUGGUGGAGCUGUCCGAGACGCUCCACAUCGACGAAGACUUCAUCACGCCCGCACAGGCGUAUGCUGCCGUGCGCGAAGCUGUCCCUAACGACAACUACCUCCGACCCACCCUCGCGGCUCUGAAGUUGAGCCUGGGAAGCCACGCAGACUGCCAUGCUUUCGGCACAAGUGUCGAUGCCGGGCUCUUCUGGCAACACCUCAACGACACCCUUCAAGCGCUGCAGUCGACUCGACCGGAUCUUGGAUGAAUAGGGAUGGCAUUGUCAUGAAAUUUUCCUUGCUUGAACAUAGAACUUGUCUAUCAACUUAUUCGAAAACACCACGCUUGAACGCCAUGCCAAAUGUCACAAAGAGUCCUCGAUUCUUCGAAAUUCCGCUCAGACUGGCAGAAAGGCGAAAGUUAGCAAACUAGCCGUAAGAAGCGAAAAUGAAGCAGCGGCAGCAGCAAUCACAACCACAUACCAUCAAGAUAAUCCGCCGCAAUC